AUGUAUAGUGUUUCAAAAAAUAAACUUUUUUGUUUUCCGUGCAUUUUAUUUUGUACCACAAAUUGUGCUUUUGUUUCUGGUUUUGACGAUGGGCAACAUUUGAACCCUCGUUUGCCUGAUCAUGAAAUUGACUUACUGUAUAAACAGAACUGUAUCAAAUGGAAAGAACUAGAAAAAAGAUUACUUGAUGAUAAACCUAUUGACUUUGAAGUACAAAAAAUGUUCAAAAAUGAAAAAGAAAAAUGGCGUUACAUUUUAAAAAUAAUCGUAGAUAUUAUGUUUUGCGGUAGAAAUAAUCUUGCUCUUAGAGGUCAUUCAGAAAAGAUUUUAGACUCGAAAAAAAGAAUAUUUCUUGAUCUUAUUGAACUUAUUAGUCAUUAUAACCCGAAUUUAAAAGAACAUUUAAUAGCGCUUAAUGAGGGAAAAUCUAAAAUUAGUUAUUUCUCACCAACCAUACAAAAUGAAUUUAUUGAGUUAAUGGGAAAAACUGUUAAAACUAAAAUUCUAGAAAUUAUUGAAAAAAGUAAAUAUUAUGCAAUAUUAUUUGAUAGCACUCCUGAUUUUUCACACAAAGAACAGUUAUCACAAAUUAUAAGAUACGUACAAAUUUCAAAUAAUGAAGUCACGGUUGAAGAAAGGUUUAUCGAUUUUAUAGAAACAAAAGAAAAUACUGGAACUGGUCUGGCUUCCGAUAUUGUUGAUAAAUUACAAGUUGAUAUCUUAAAUAUCAAUAAUUUCCGAGGACAGAGUUUUGAUAAUGGGACAAAUAUGGCAGGGAAAAUUAAAGGAGUUCAGGCAAAAAUUACUAAACUAAAUAAAUUAGCAUUUUUUAUACCUUGUACAGCGCAUAGUUUAAACCUUGUUGGCGUUCAUGCUGCCGAAACAUCACCUGCUAUGGGUAUAUAUGCUAUAUAA